AUGUUACAGACUUUGAAUUAGGUACCAAAAUAAGUGCUUUUAGAAUUUUAUAACUUAAAUAAAUUAUAAGUCUAAUACCUAUAUGACGUAUUAGAAUAUGAUUUAGAUUCACUUUAUAGAGUACUAUAGAAUAUAAAAAGAGCUGAAUUGAUUGAUAAGUUAAUAGAAGCUUUAAAAUAGUAGGGAUAAACAGAAAGUUUAUUGAAAUCAAUGAUAUAUGGUAAUUUGAAAGAACUAAAAAACUUUUUAAAAUAAAGAAUGAGUUUUGAAAAUUUGAUAAGUUCUUUAGAGAAACUAAAUGUAGAAGAGGAAAAGUAAAAAAUUAAGGAUACAGAGAUAUAAGAGAGACCAAUAAUAUAAUAAGAUAGUAUAUUUUUAGAAUUGCCGCUUUAUGUACAUUAGCUUGUAAUGGAUUUUCUUGAUCCUUUAUCUUUACAUACAUGUAGAUUGGUUUGUUUAAAAAUGAAUGAAACAUUUAAUAAUCCUAAAAUAAGUGAUAGAUUUUAUGAAAAGUUUUGCAAGGCAUUAUUUGAUUAAAUAGAAACAAUUCCAAUUCAAUUGAGUCCAUUUGAGAAAACAAGAAAAUAUAUAAAUGAGAACUUGCAUUUAUUUGAAUAAUAAUUGUAACUAAUAAAUUAAAUAAAUUAAAAUCCAAGUUAAACGAUAUGGAAUUAUUGGGGGAAUACUGAAUAGAAAAUAUUAAGUUUUUCUGAAUUAACUAAAUAAUAUUAAUCGCAUAAAGAUAUGUAUGAUUAAUAAUUGAGAUUGAAUUAUUGUGGUAUAUAUGCUAUGAAGGAAUAUUAUAUAAAAUAUGGAGAGGCUUAAUUUUAGUAAUCAAGUGCUCCAUGUUAUAGAGUAGAUUUUUUUAGAUAUAUUCGAUUUUGGAGAGAUGGUACAUUUACAAUGUUCAUUUCUUCAAAAAAAUUAACAAAAGAGGAGAUAAUAGAAUAUUUUAAAUAUCCUGAGAUUGCAGUGAUGCCAAAAUUAGGAGUUCAAAAGUAAAUGUAAAUAGAGGAGAGUUUUUUAAGGGGUGAAUAUAGAAUAGUAUUAGAUGAAGUAUAUGUUAUAGCAGCAAGAUAAAGUACAACAUUUAGAUACAUUUAUAAAAUGAAGAAUUAUUAGAAUAAACAUCCUGGAAAUGUUUUAUUAAUGUAAUCAGGACAGAUGCAUACAUUAGGAGAUACUUAUAGAUAAGAUAUAGUAGAUUAAUCUAAGAAGAAAUAUUUCAUAUAUAAACAUCUUGAAGAAUUCAGAGAUGAAUUAUAGGAUGAAUAAUAUGGUUGGAAGAAUGUGGUUUAUUGA